CAAGUCCCCAAUCAUUCAUUCGUUGACUCUUUGGCCAUCAUUUGCAAAGACCCAAGUCGAUCUUUCUUCAUAGCUCUGGAGCUAUUUGUUACAUAUCCACUCACUACCACGAUACAAACUACGAAACACACAGUUCUGGAAACUGAUAUCCCCAAUACACAUUACCUUCACGCAUAUCAUCAUGUCCAAAAUCUUUGCUACCGUUGGCGUUUUCGCGGCGCUCUUCUCACAAGCCGCCACCCAUACUGCCGUCAUAGAGUUCGAAGCGAAUGGGAACAAAUAUCCAGGAUUCCGUCAAGCGUCAAAGAUGGAUCCCGGCAACAACUCACCUGCGUGGUGGACUGCCCAGGGAUGGGGAUGGGAUCCUGUCAUGGGUGCCAAUAUAUCACACCCUGACAUCAUAGCGCAUACAGACGCUGACCCUUCUCCUCAUACCGUUGAUGUAUCCGCUGGAUCUCAAGUCAAAUUCACUUGGUUUCACGAGGGUGAAUGUGACGGGAAAAAGAAUGAAACGGGCUGGGAUUGCAGCCACCACGGCUGGACCACAACUUGGAUGGCGCCUUGUGAUAGCGACCGCACGAAGAUCAAAAAGACAGAGUUGAAGUUCUUCAAGAUCCAUGAGGUGGCCUUGAUUGAUUACCGUGAAGGUCGCUACUCCAACGCCACGAACGAUAGAGAGAAUGUCGGCUAUUGGGGCACGGAUGACAUCUUCUACAAGAACAAUAACACGCAGACCGUCACUAUCCCCAAGGACAUCCCUGACGGCGACUAUGUUCUCCGCACCGAGGUCACAUCCAUUCACAACAAUGGGCCUCUCGAGGAGCGUCAAUUUUGGCCACAGGCAUUCAAUAUCAAGAUAACCGGUGGUAAACCAGACGCGCAGAUUCCGGAUGGCAUCGUGGCUACUGAGAUUUACUCCAAAGAUGAUGAGCUUCUCAAGUGGGAUCUCUACCAGCAUGACGCUGGUAAGACUUUCGACAAAGCUCCUGGUCCUGAGCUUGCCUCUGUUGCCAAGGCGAGUAGCAAUGAACGUCGCCGUGCCCUGAAGUUCCUUGCCUAGUCUCUUCUAAGAGAUGAUCAAUAUCAAAUGGAUGGCGGUACGGAUUGGACAUUCGGAUCCGAAGGACUAAAGAGCAUAGGGCAUUCUUAUGAUUGGUUUUCCGACCUUUUUCGAACGAAACAACGGAAGAGAGAGGCACUGUUGAUGAUACUUGGGAUAUUUCAUAAAGUUUCUCUUAGCAUC